CCCAUCUGCCGCCACAGCAACAGAGCCGCAGGGUGGAGGCGCGGCACGAACCGAUGCGGUCCCUCUAGGGGCACUGCUGCUGCCGGCAACGAGCGGCUGCCCCGGAUCCAAUCUCAACCGCCACUUCCGGCUCCCGCCCCACCUCACCAUAGCGAUGACAGGCGCGGCGUGGGCCGCGGGGCCUGCCGGGAAGGGAGCGGCGUGUUUCGGCCUCGCAGUUUAACCGGCCGGCGGCGGCCUAAGGGAGUGUGCUGGUUGUCGCCAUGUCGGGAGGGAGUAGCGCUGGCGAGUGGUGCCUCAUGGAGAGCGACCCGGGCGUGUUUACGGAGCUCAUCAAGGGCUUCGGUUGUAGGGGAGCACAAGUUGAAGAAAUAUGGAGUUUGGAACCAGAGAACUUUGAAAAAUUAAAGCCAGUACAUGGGCUGAUUUUCCUCUUCAAGUGGCAGCCUGGAGAGGAACCAGCAGGUUCUGUUGUUCAGGAUUCCAGACUGGAUACGAUAUUUUUUGCUAAACAGGUAAUUAAUAAUGCUUGUGCUACUCAGGCCAUAGUAAGUGUGCUUUUGAAUUGUGCUCAUCAAGAUAUCCAUCUAGGAGAGACUUUGUCAGAAUUCAAAGAAUUUUCACAAAGUUUUGAUGCAGCGAUGAAAGGUUUGGCACUAAGCAACUCAGAAGUGAUUCGGCAAGUUCACAACAGUUUUGCCAGACAGCAGAUGUUUGAAUUUGAUGCAAAGUCUUCAGCAAAAGAAGAAGAUGCAUUUCACUUUGUAAGCUAUGUUCCUGUUAAUGGAAGGCUGUAUGAACUAGAUGGCUUAAGAGAAGGGCCAAUAGAUCUAGGUGCAUGCAAUCAAGAUGACUGGAUAAGUGCUGUACGGCCUGUCAUAGAGAAACGUAUACAAAAAUACAGUGAAGGUGAGAUAAGGUUUAACUUGAUGGCUAUUGUAUCUGAUAGAAAGAUGAUAUAUGAGCAGAGGAUUACAGAAUUACAGCAGCAACUUGCAGAGGAGGAGCCUAUGGAUACAGAUCAAAGUAGUAAUGUGUUAAGUUCAAUACAGUCAGAAGUAGCAAAGUACCAGAUGUUAAUUGAAGAAGAGAAUCAAAAAUUAAAAAGAUAUAAGAUUGAAAAUAUUAGAAGAAAACAUAACUACCUGCCUUUCAUCAUGGAAUUACUAAAGACAUUAGCAGAGCAUCAACAGUUAAUACCAUUAGUAGAAAAAGCAAAAGAAAAACAGAAUGCCAAGAAAGUUCAGGAGGCCAAGUGAAGAUGACUUUGCAAUAUACAUACAAUUAUGUGCUUCCGAAACUAUUUUCAUGACAAGAAAUAAAACUUUUCAUAAACUUCGAAUUUUGUCCAGCGCACGUUUGACAGUUGAAACAGUUUGUCUUGUACUGUAUGCACGGGUCUAAUUUUCUUCCUUCCCCUGCAUCUUGUGCAUGUAGUACCGCUAACUAAUGUCUAGGUUCUCUUGGUCAAAUUCAGUAUUUAACAGUCUGUCUGAUUUCUGAAAGCUUGGGAAGUGGGCCUGAUAAUAUGCAAGGAAAAUGUACCCAUUUUGUCCCACUUGAGUAUAUGAUAAUGAUGCAAAUGCCAGAGUUGUGUAAGCAUGAGCUUUUUUUGCUCAUCCCUACUAACAAUUAUAAUACUAUCCAAUUGUUCAGUGACAUACCGUGUCUUUUGUUUUUAUGAAGUAUGUGUUCUAAUUUUUUUACGAAAUCGAAAAGUAUAAAUUUAGCUCUAGAAACAUUUGCAAAGACCAAUGUGUAACCUCAGAAGUUCUGCAUUGCUUUAGUAGAAAAGAUAAUAAAUAUUCCCAUUUUUAUUUUGGCAAAAUUU